AUGUUAAAAAUAUUCAGAAACCUUUCACUCAUUUCAAAGGAUGAAUUUGAUUAUUCUCUUUACUAAUGUACUUCAAGUGAAAAUGGUGAUGUUCCAAUCUCAAAAUACAUGAAACCAAUUAUCGAAUGUUUGAAAGGUUAAGAUCAAAAGAUUUUACCUUUAGAUGCAUUUAAUAAAUUCUACGAUAUCUUAUGUUAAAUACAAUACAACAAAUGGAUCAGUGCCUUAAAAAUUGGCUAUGUCUUGCAUUACUGUUUAGAAAAAUAAUGCAACAUCUUUGUUGAUGCCGUCUGCAAUAAUCAUCUCUAUGAUAAAAUCAAAAAUAAGUAAUAAAAGAAGCCGGAAGAUCCGAUUGCUUAAUUGCAUAUAAAUAUCGUCCAAAACCUCUUUUCGUACCUUUAAAUUAGAUAUGAGAAUUAUCUGUUUUUCCUAAAUGCUCUCUCCGAUUUUGAAGAAAAAGAAGAAUUUCAGAAAACCUUCAUCAUCCACAAAAUCGUAUCUACCAUACAAGUCCUGGUCAAAAUCUACAAAGAUUUAGAUAUUUCUUUAACAAAAUUUCAUAAUAUAGAAGUUACCAAACACAUCUGUGUGCAACUGUUGAAUGAUCUUUACUUUUUCUAUCCUAAAGUCCAAAUUUACCUACAAUCUCAUAUUAAUCAAAUGCUGUAGAUGGAAAGUGAACAAUCAAUUAAAUUAUAUUAAGUCUAUACUGAAACUCUUAGAUUAGGAAGAAGUGUAACAUAAAUGGUGAAGUUGUGUAAUGAAGUUGUGUCAAUCAAAUCCUUUCCUCAACUUGUGCUAUUUACAGUCGAAUAGAAUAUUAAUAGACAAAUUGAGUUACACUUUAAAGAAUAGAAAAGGCAACCUAGUCCAAUCAAAUUUGAUAUUAUUAAAUUUGAUGAUGAGAAUCUCUUUGAAUAAUACAAAGAUGAAUAAAUAAUCAGCACUCCCAAGGUUCUUCAACAAUUUCAAAAAAUGGUUACUUAACUAAAUGAAAAUUAACACGAACCUCAACCAGAUUAAAUUGAAUUUCGAACCUCUUACAAACAUAAGACAGAACGAUAAUAAUAGCAAUUCAAAGCUAGGAAAUGCGAAUCCAAUGAAUAAUCUAUGGUACAAUCUAUUAUCUCAACAUCAGAUAAUUGUUCUAGUGUAAGGAAUAUCUAGUUUAGCCAUCAAAAUAGCUUUAAAAAUGAAUUUUUUAAUCACUCUCAAAGUCCAUUAAAUUUUAUAGAUUUUUCUCAUUAGCAAAAUCAUUAAUAAAAAAAGAAACAAUGA